UGUUAUCUUGUGUUCCAUCUUUAAAAAAAAGAUCAAACGUUUUUAGUUCAGUUUUUACCAGAAGACAAAAAUCUUUGUGAUGGAUAGCUUCUCCAUGCAGACUCUCCAUUUAGCUUGCUGGGUCUUUCUGAUACUGACUUCUCAAUCCAUGUUCGACAGAGGAUCUGUGUCAGCCUCUCAAGAGCCUAUCUACCUGGAGAAACAUGAGGGCCAGUCUGUUGUGCUCUCCUGUGUCACUGACCACUCCGAGGACCGCAUCGAAGGCUUCUACUUGAGAAGAAAGUGGAGAGCUGCAAUGGAGGUCCUUUUCCACUCCGUCGAAGGCAGCAGUAAAGCAAACAGCCUCUACAAGGACCGAUUUCACAUACAAGGGGACCUGAAUACACAGUGGCUAAAUAUAACUCUCCUCAACCUGCAGCACAAUGACACCGAUUUGUACAUCUGUGAAUUCCUCUAUGACAUGGGGUCAUACGAAAUAACCAAAACAAAAGCAUAUUUCAUCUUUGUAGAUGAUAAAGGCGCCCGAGAGUAUUGCCGCUGUAGAGAGAUCUCUCAGUCCUGCUCAGACUAUUCCACGCUGCUAUUUGCCAUCUCUGGAGCAGUGGUCCUGUUCCUCAUUCUCAUCACCCUCCUGCUUUGUGUGAAGUUUACUCAGCGGUGCUGUCGCCCCCAGCCUCCAGCCCCGAUGCCGAUAUAUGAGGUAAUGACAGGGCUACCCCAAAGGGGCACUGUGGAUCACUUCGAGGGAAUUGAGAGCACCCACUAUGCCAGCCCAGUGACAAAGCACACUGACCUCAACCUCUAUUCCGAAGUGAACCCCCGUUGAUGACUCAGUCAGUUCUGAAACACGCCAAUGCUUAUUAAGACUGCUGGACUUGUUCUCCCUGUGUCUAAGAGACACCAAUGGCAAAUCAUAGAUGAAGAGAAAAAAAUAGCAAAUAUAUUAAAUGAUUACUUUUCACAAGUUUUUACAAAGGACGAUA